CGGGGAAAAUGCUGAACCCAAGCUCAGACGCACAGAACGGGAUGGUUCGCAGCGUUUGGAGGAAACGAGAGAGAACCGCAGAGCGCUUUUAACUGUCCUUGUGCGGUCGGAUGGUUCUACGAAAGCUCCGAGCAGAAAAAGGAGGCAACCAAAGGUCUUGGGUUCCGAGUCCCUGCCUCUCCACGUCCUGUGAAGAUGUGACUCAGUUCACCCAUCUGGAAAGUGGGGCGAGUAAGUCUCGCCUCGUGGAUGCGGACACUGUAAGGCGAAACAAGCAGCCACCGCCCCACCACCUCCACUCCCGGCCCGGAUCAUCUUUUUGCACCGCAGGCUGUUUAGCUGGGGUGGAGUCUUCGUUCUUUCCCGCGCUUGGGAAAUUUAGACUGGACCCUCAGCCGCUGGUGCCACGCCCCUCGGGGGCGUACCCGGAAGUGCUCCUACGGAAGCGGGCGGGGCCGCACACGCCUCUUCACCAUGGCGACGGCAGGUGCCUCGAGGCGCUUCUGUCGCUGCGCCUGCUUCUGCUCCGAGAACUUGUACGUGGCGCGCUAUGGGCUGCACGUGCGUUUCCGGGGCGAGGAGCAGCUGCGCCAGGACUACGGCCCGAUCCUGCGCAGCCGAGGCUGCGUCAGCCCCAAGGACUUCCAGCAGCUGUUAGAAGAGCUUGAGCAGGAGGUGCGGCGGCGGCAGCAGCUGGGGCAGGAGUCGGCGGCCAGGAAAGCUCUCAUCGCCAGCUCCUACCACCCGGCGCGGCCCGAGAUCUACAGCCCGCUGCAGGAUGCGGCCCUGGCUCCCGAGUUUCUGGCCGCGGCUGAGUACAGCACACUGCCGGGCGCGAACCUCGAGGGGCUGCUGCGGCGGCUGGAGACCGUGUCCGAGGAGAAGCGGAUCUACCGGCUGCCGGUGUUCACGGCGCCGUUCUGCCAGGCCCUGCUGGAGGAGCUGGAGCACUUCGAGCAGUCGGACCUGCCCAAGGGGCGGCCCAACACCAUGAACAACUACGGGGUGCUGCUACAUGAGCUGGGCCUGGAUGAGCCGCUGGUGACGCCACUGCGGGAGCGCUUCCUGCGGCCGCUGAUGGCCCUGCUGUACCCCGACUGUGGGGGAGCCUGGCUGGACAGCCACAGGGCCUUCGUGGUCAAGUACGCGCCAGGCCAGGACCGAGAGCUGGGCUGCCACUACGACAAUGCCGAGCUGACCAUCAACGUGGCCCUGGGCAAGGCCUUCACCGGGGGCGCCCUAUACUUCGGGGGCUUCUUCCAGGGGCCUUCAGCUCUGGCCGAGCCCCUGGAGGUGGAGCACGCUGUGGGCCGGGGCGUCCUGCACCGGGGCGGCCAGCUGCACGGGGCCCGGCCCCUGGGCACCGGCGAGCGAUGGAACCUCGUCGUGUGGCUCCGGGCCUCCGCCGUGCGCAACCGCCUCUGCCCCAUGUGCUGCCGCAAGCCCGACCUGGUGGACGACGAGGGCUUCGCCGACGGCUUCACCCGAGAGGAGCCCGCCACCGUGGACGUGUGCGCACUGACUUGAGCCUGGUCGGGACCUGCGGAGGGGUGGGGGCAGCGAGACGGCAGAGGGCUCUGCCACCUCACGUCAGGCGGGGCAGAAAUAAACUCCCUGCACCCCUCAGCGCGUCUUGGUUCCAGAGGACAGGCAGGUCCCUCUUUCAGCAGGCGGCUGGCUUAGGCCGGGUUUGGUAGAAGCAGAGCCUGAGAAGGGGAUUCCUGGUCAUCAAGGGAGCACUGUCAAGGGACGGGGGUCUGGGACGCAGGACACGGCAGGAAGGAGCUGGCCCAGGACGUGGGUUCAGCUGGCAGCUCUGGAGCCUGAGUCCACCUGUUUGCCCCCGCAUCAGUCUGACAGCAGGCUGUGUCCGGAGAGGGGGUGUGUGUGUGUGUGUGUAUGUGUGUGAGAGAGAGAGAGAGAAAGAGAAACUUCCCAGACAUCCACCUCCAGGACAAGUGGCUCCCAGUGGCCAAGGGAAUCUUCCAGAGAAAUGUACAGGUGUGAGCGGUCGGCAUCAGACACCACGACCGGGGGUGAGUGUCCCCGCCUGUAAGGGGGAUGCGGGUGGGUCGGCCACCAGGUGCGUCUUGCAGGUGGUGUUGGGGGGCUACUGUGGAGGGGUUACGAGCAGGGACCCUGGAGCCAGACCGCCCGGGGCCCAGAUUCCGAUUCUGCCACUGCCAGCUCCGUAACUGUGGGCAAACCACUUGACCUCUGUGCCUCAGCUUCCCCAUCGGGACAGUGCCUGUGUCCCACGGCUGCUGUGAAGGCCAGGUGAUGUACAGAGUCUAUAAAGCGCUUUACCACAUCUGCCUGAGUUUGCUGCAGUCAUUGUUAUUGAAGAGUCUGCAACUGCGUGGCCCCUGGUUAGGCGAGAAGUGCAGCUGUACACACUGGGUGGCACGUUUGAAAACCAGGGAUUUCCAUGUUGAAACCACGAGUUCCGGCUUCGGUGGGGACGCCCGGAGACUCCAGGCGCCAUCCCCACACCGCAGACACCGGCUGGAGCAGAGUGUCAGGUGCCCAUUCUAAGCAGACCUGCGGUGCACCCCGUCCCGGGAGUCCCUCCCUCGUUCGCUGCCACGAUCUCUCUAGCCCCUUAUGGGCAUUUGAGUUGGUGGUGUCCGUAUUACUGAUUGGGGACGU